AUGGAGCCCUGCCCCAGCACCCGCCCCGUCGGGGUGCCGUGGAUGUCCCUCUUCCUGCUGGCGGUGCUGAGCAUCCCCUCGCUGCCAAAAUCCCUGCCCGCAUCAUACGGUGACACCGAGGAGCCCCAGGAGGGCACGGGCCUGAUCCAGUGCGGGGAGUACAGCAACCAGGUGCUGCCCAACGGGCGCUGCAGGAUCGUGGCCACGCUGCCGCAGGGGGACGAGCAGCGGUGCCCGGACAUGUUCCGCUGCACCGAUGAGGUGUCCUACUGGCUCCACGAGAACGAGGAGCGCAAGCAGCAGAUCCUAGAGCUGCGGGAGCUGAUCUCGGAGCUGCAGGAGGAGCUGAGGAACCACCGGCAUCGUAUCAAAGUCCUGGAGCUGCAGCACGAGGAGGCGGCCGGCCCGAACCGCAGCCUGGAGCAGCGCGUGCAGGACCUGGAGCAGCGGUACAGCGAGGCCAGCACCCUGCAGCACAUCCAGGCCACGCUGCUCUACGACAUGCAGGCGCAGAUCAACAACGUCUCCGUGCUGACCGACUGGGUCUGGCGCAACCCCACCUGCCUCGGCCCCGCCGACAUGAGGCUGCAGGAGGAGAUGCACCGGCCAGAGGUGAAGCACGCCAGGAACUGCCCCAUUGACUGUGCUUCUGUUUACUACAACGGGCUCCGACGGUCGGGGGUCUACAGCAUCAUGCCCUCCAUUGGAGGGAUGCCUAUCGAGGUGCUGUGUGAGAUGGAUACCGAAGGUGGGGGCUGGACGGUCAUCCAGAGGCGUCAGGACGGCUCGGUUGACUUCAAUCGGACCUGGAACGAGUACAAGGAGGGCUUUGGGGACCUCAGCGGCGAGUUCUGGCUGGGCAACGAGAACAUCCACAAGAUAACGAGCCAAGGGGACUACUCACUGCGUAUUGACCUGGAGGACUGGAACAACAAGCACAAACACGCCUUCUACCAGGUCUUCAGCAUCGAGGACGAGGCCAACUACUACCGCCUGCACGUGGACGGGUUCAGCGGGACGGUGGAGGACUCCUUCGCCUGGUACCACAACAAGAGGAGCUUCAGCACUCCCGACUCGGGGAACAUCUGUGCCGAGAUCUCCCACGGAGGCUGGUGGUACCACCAGUGCUUCUUCUCCAACCUCAACGGGGUGUACUACAAGGGCGGCCGAUACUCCAUUAAAAACCGAAAGAUCCUGGGGCCGGAUGGCAUUGUGUGGUACUCGUGGAAGGACACGGACUACUACUCCCUGAGGAAGGUGGUCAUGAUGAUCCGGCCACGCACCUUCAGGCCCCACCUCUCCCCGUGAAGCAGCCUUGGACCUUCUUCGAUUCAGCCACUGCUGGGAACAGAAGGCUGGAAAUAACUCCUUGGGAGCAAAAACUGAGUCUGGGGAUCUCUGACAGACUGAGCCACCGUCCUUCUUGCUGCCUGUGGGCCUCGGAGAGAGCUGAACCACCAGCAGAAGUGUGAAGGCCUUCAGCAGUGUUUGGGUGGUGAAAGCUCUCCUCACGCCGUGGAGGUGGGCCAUGAGAAGGGCCUUGCAAAGAUGAGCAUGGGGCAGUUUUUCACAGCAGUUCUUGGCAGCAGUUCUUGGCAGGAUUGGGCUUCCCCAAGGCCUGAACCCCAACCUGGGGUCCCAAGUCCUGGCUUGGACUGGG